AUGUUAGAAAAAAAGUUUGCUGACAUUGACAAGAAAUUUGAGAAUGUUUUAAACAAGAACAAGAGGAAGUUGGAAAAUGCUCAGAUAAAACCCAUACAUGACAAGUUCUUAUUUGCUCAGAAUGGUAUAACAGGUCUAAUUGCACCACCUGGGUCGGGUAAGACUUUCACUUAUCUUAAAAUGGCUGCACAACAACAAGAACUAGAUGAGAAGAACCCAUUCUAUGAGUUAGUAGUCAUUUGUAGUACUUCGGGUCAAUUUGACCAAACCGUCAAUUCGUUCAAAGAUAUUAUAAAGAAGUCUAAGUUAGUAUGUAUAAAAGAUACUGAGUUGUUAGAUUGGAUAAAGAAGUACCAAAGAAGAGUUUUGAAGUACAAUGCUAUAAAUGAGUAUAUAAACUCGAAGUUUAAAGACCCAAAUGAGGAAAUGCAGAGAAUAUUAGAGAAGAAACACUUCAGAAACAAACAGAAAGAGAUAGAAUACAUUUCGAAGAAAUUGCAAUCUUACGAUUGGAAGACUUACCCUCACAGAUGUCUUCUUAUCUUAGAUGAUUUCGCCUCUCAUCCUUUGUUAAAGAAUAGAGAACAAGACAU